UUUACAUAAAUUAAGCUUCAGUGAAGCGCUAUAAAAUGAUGGUGCCAAAUAACACGACAGAGCCAGAUAUUUUUCUGUUCAAAAGUGGAUACGAGUUCCCCGUUUACGGGUUGGCUACUGGAAUGUUUUACUACAUACACAUACCGGCAAUUGUAUGCUUAAUCGCGAGUGUCAUCUGCGCAUUGGCAACCAUAGUUUUGUCCUUUAAGGAUCGCAAGGUUGGUGAGUUUUUCACUGAGUGGUCUAAAGGAGAGAGGCUUGUCGUCUACAUUUCAACCUGCGAUGGGCUAUUCAGUGCCUCUAACUUGAUGAACCAUCUACAGGUCUUGUUCACGUUGGCCCACGUGAGACCCAAAGAGCUAUGUGUCUUUUACGGAUUUGUCAUGACGCUCUUUGUUGUUGCCCAGAUUCUCAUCGUGAAUCUCGUGGCUAUCAACCUCUUCGUCAUGAUGUUCCUGAGCAAGAACAUUUCGUUUGGCAAGUAUGACAGCGGUUUGCUGAUCUGGGCGUUUGGGGUCUCCCUCCUUGGGGCAACGGUUGCAGCCUCUUAUGAGCAGUUUGGGCCGAUGGGAAUUGCAUGCUUUAACGACGCUUUCAAGGGCCACAAGGCAAAUAUGGUCCUCACUACAAUCCCAGUACCAGUGAUCCUGGUUACCAACAUUGUGCUCUACAUCGUUACCUUCAUCAGGAUUCGCAGCGGUGCAAUGAUUCGCUCCCUCGGCACAAAUGCGAGCGCUGUUAAGCGCCAUAUUAAAGCUGCAAAGAGGAUGUCAAUGUUUGUCUUGGUGUUCGUAGCUCAAUGGUGGUGUUUUGGUCUUGUUUGCGCUUGGUCACUGUUUGUGGACAAUCUUUUGGAAAUACCGGAACAUUUGAACUACUUCUUGGUCAUAUUUACCAAUCUCGGGGGUGUCCUCAACUUGGUAGUUUAUCUCCUGGUGUUUAGAAAUAAAAGUCGGUCAUUCAUGUACAAUCCACGACAUAUGGAGAACAAAAGAAACGCCGACCUUCAGCCAGCGAUAAUGACAUCAUCAACGAAGCAACAUUUUUCUCCGAAAUCCGAAACGGAAGUUUUUUUAGAGAUGAUAAAUAACGAAGAAUCAACUGAACUCUGAUGUAGAAUUAUAUUAAGUCAGUGCAUCAAAGAAAACUUUAUUUAACUCUUGAAUUCAGUCGGUACAUUUAUGUUAUUUGAAAUAGAUAAUA